AUGUUGGCGCGUGAUCAACCUCCUGACGCAUAUAGACCACAACAAAAUCUGUACGGCGUGCAUCCAUUUUAUCUGGCUCUGGAAAAUGAUGGUAAUGCGCACGGAGUACUCAUCUGGAACAGCAACGCACAAGAAGUAACGCUUGGUCCAUGGCCGCAUCUUGUCUAUCGGACGAUUGGCGGCAUGCUCGACAUCACAUUCUUUCCCGGCCCGAAGCCAGAGGAUGUCAUUAAGCAGUAUCUCACUUUCAUCGGAAAGCCCUAUCUUCCGGCUUAUUUUGCAUUCGGCUUCCAGGUAUUUAAGCAAUGCAGGUUGUUGUGAAU